AUGGGGCGCGCUACUUCUCUCUUGAGCUUGAGCAGCCGCUCAAGCUCUCGCUCUUCCGAGCACCGCAACCACGAGUCCCUGCUGCCCUGCCUAGAACAGCCCUCCGAGAAGCGCGGCAUACGCUUCCGUUCAGUCCUCGGCUCCAGUCUCUACCGCCGCGUCCUGAAAUGGACCCUGGCCAGUCUGUUGUUGCUCGCCAUCUUUUUCCUCCUCGGCUCUGACGCCACGGCCCCCGAAGUUGUCCAGCUUGGAAAGGCUCGCCUGUCUUCGCACGCCAAGGCCAAGCUGCUUCCGCUUCACAAGCAUCCCAAGGGUGGCUCUGACGACGACUCGGCCACUAUCUCGGUCGUGGUGCAAGACGGCUCCGAGAAGCAAAACGAGCAGCACGACGGUCUGAGGGGGUCGUCUGAUCAACGUGAUGCAUCGGGCUCGACUGGCGGAGACGAUGCCCAAAAGAGGCUGCCAUGGCUCCGCUUCAACCACCUUGACGGAUACUUUUAUGGUCUCAAGGUCUUGGUGAGCCAGGCGGAUCUCGUGCCCGAGUACCCGAACACCAGCCAGGAUCCCCCCCUCGAGGCCCCGCCGUUGAACGACGAAGUCCCCGUGCCCCAGGUAUAUAACCCUUAUACCGCCGACAGCGUUCGCACCUGCUACCUUGACGCGGACAACCAAGUGCCCGCCCCGGCCAUGUACGCCUAUGAGGGCGUGCCCCAGCACAUGCCUGAGCCCGCGCUCGGCUCGUACGACAUCUUCGGCAUCAGAGACGACGUGUGCUUUGAUCGCUUCGGCCGCUAUGGACCUUACGGACUCGGCUACUCCAAGAUGGAGGGUGGGGCCGGCGUCGGCGCCGAGACGGAGAGCUCCGGCACCGACGAGAUUUGGGCCGAGACGGGCCAGAUCAACUACAACAAGGUGGACUGGGGCCAGGCGCAGGAACGAUGCGUCGCCGCCAACAGCCACCGGUUCCUGGAGCCCAGCAAGCGGACACAAGAGCUGCCCACCGGCCAAGACAGGCCCAGCGACAAGAUGGGCCGCAUGGCGGUGGUGGUGCGGUGUUACCAAAGCUUCAAAUGGACCAGCCUGGCCAUUCUCAACUUCCGCGCCAUGGUGACCGAACUGUCCCUGAGGUCCGGCGGCGAGUACUCGGUGCAUCUGUUGCUCCACGUCCAUGACACCGACGAACCUAUUUGGGCCGACGACCUCACUGUGCAACGACUCCUGGACUCCCAUGUUCCCCCGGAAUUCCACAGCCUCGCGACGCUCUGGAGUGAGCCGCAGAUGCGUCUCUUCUACCCCGGUGGAUUCGGCGAAACUCUGGAAAACGAGAGCGGUGCCGACUUGCACGGCGUCUACCGGAGUGCUCACAUGCCCCUGCAGGUGUUCGCGAUGCAACACCCAGAGUACGAGCACAUCUGGAACUGGGAGAUGGACAUGCGCUGCCUGGGCAACUAUUACGAGCUUUUCGACCGCCUCGGACGCUGGGCCGACAAGCAGCCGCGCCGGCUCCAGUGGGAGCGCAACGCCCGCUACUACAUUCCCAGCUACCACGGCACCUGGGAGAACUUCACGGCCUCGGUGCAGGCAGACGUGGACGAUGCUGGCGAGGAGAGCAUCCUGGGGCCCGUCGAGUUCAAGGGUCGAAAGCCGCUGCGGCGCGAGGAACGGGGCGAGUCGGCCAUGCCGAAAAGCUGCGACUUUAGCCAUCCUCCCGAGCAGUGCGGCGUGGGCGAGGCUGCCGACAUCAUCACGCUGAACCCAAUGUUUGACACGCAUGAGUCUGGAUGGGUCUUCUCCAACGACGUGACGGGAUACGAGGACCCCUCGGCAUCGCACCCGCCUCGGCGGUGCGCCAUCGUCACGGCCGCCCGGUUGAGCCGGCGACUCUUGACGGCGAUGCAUGAGGAGACGUGGCGCCAUCACCACAGCAUGUUCUCGGAGAUGUUCCCGCCUACCGUGGCGCUCCAUCACGGCCUCAAGGCCGUCUAUGCUCCGCACCCCACCUACUUUGAUCGGGCAUGGCAACCUCAUGGCUCGUCCAUCGACGCGGCCUUCAACAGCGGCAAACACCACUCGGUGUCUGGCAGGAACUCACCCUACGACCUCGAAAACGAACACAACCAAAAGGGCACAACCUGGUACUACCACAGCGAGUUUGCCGGCCUGUUGUGGAGGCGCUGGCUGGGCUACCCCCAGAUGGACGGCCGCGGCGGCCGCCAGGGCUCGGGUACCGAGCGAGGCGGCGUGUCGGAGGAGAGCGGCGCGGAGAGCAGUGGGAGAAUGUGUCUGCGAAGCAUGCUGGUGCACCCGAUCAAGCACGAGCACCCCUCGGAGGAGUUGGAGUGA